AUGGCGCCCUCCCAACUUCCCCAGAAACGAAUUCUAGGUGAAGCCACAAAUACACGACGCAACAUCCCUGGGACACCCGCAUCCGCCAAAAAGAGGAAACUCGAACCUGUCUCUUCCCCAGCCGUUAGAUUCAAGAGCUCUCAGAAUGGGCCAAAGGGCAAACCGGGCUCUAGCCAGCCCAGUCACUUCGAAUCCGAAGUGCUGGAAAAGAUGACACAGGACAUGGCUGGCCUGAAGAAAAACAAUUCGGAAAAGGAUCAGCAAUGGGCACGACCUAGUCUGGCGGAUUUCAACCCCAGUGUCGACAAGCUAUGCUUCCAGCAAAUUGAAGCAGAGGAGGGCACACUACAUGGAAGAGCUGCUGUCAAAUUGUUCGGUGUUACAGAGACCGGCCAUUCUGUAAUGCUCCAUGUCACAGACUUUCUUCACUACCUCUACAUUCCGGCCCCGAUAUCAUUCAGUCCUCAUGACUGUGACGGUUUCAAGAUCUACCUCGAGUCACAAGUGGCGCAACAUCAGCCUGCAAUUCAUUCCAUCCGGAUAGUUCUUCGUGAGAAUCUUUACCAUUUCAGCGGGAACCAGCAAAACCCAUAUAUAAAAAUAACUGUAACGGACCCAAAAUUCAUAAGUAAAGUCCGUGGGACGAUUGAGGAGGGUAGAGCCAAUUGGAAGGGAAUGUGGCAGGUCGACCUAAAGGGUCGUGUUGAAACUUUCGACAUGAUCCAAUAUGUUCUUCGGGUCAUGAUCGAUUGCAAGAUAUUCGGCAUGUCAUGGGUUGAAGUUCCCCCCAAACAAUACAAAAUGAUUGAUCCACACCUUCGACACUCGAAUUGCCAAAUCGAAGCCGAGGUCUCAUACCGUGAUCUGAUAGCGCAUAAGCCUGAGGGAGAAUGGGCCAAGAUGGCACCACUUCGAAUACUCUCCUUCGACAUAGAGUGCGCUGGCCGUAAAGGAGUUUUCCCCGAACCUAACCAAGACCCAGUCAUCCAAAUCGCGAACAUCGUGACGAGGUACGGAGAAAAAAAGCCAUUUGUACGCAAUGUUUUCUGUCUUGACACAACAAGUAAAAUCGUCAACACGCAGGUUUUCGAGUUUGAGCGCGAAGAAAACAUGCUCAUGAAAUGGAGGGAUUUCAUGGAAGAAGUAGAUCCGGAUAUCAUAAUUGGUUACAAUAUCUGCAAUUUCGAUUUUCCGUAUCUACUCGACAGGGCAAAGCAUCUCAAGCAAAAGCAGUUUGAUAUUUGGACUCGCCUACCCAAUGUUAGAUCUGUAUCCAAAGAGACAAAUCUCAGCAGCAAGCAGAUGGGUAAUCGGGAUACCAAGGCAACGAAUACGAACGGUCGGUUACAGUUGGAUCUGCUGCAACUAGUCCAACGAGAUCACCAGUUACGAAGUUAUACCCUCAAUUCCGUUUGUGCACAAUUUCUUGGUGAGCAGAAGGAAGAUGUGCACCACACUAUGAUUACCGAGCUUUUCAAUGGAACUCCAGAGUCUCGGCGAAGAUUGGCAGUUUACUGUUUGAAAGACGCCUACCUGCCUCAACGAUUGAUGGACAAACUGUCUUGCCUCGAAAACUAUACGGAAAUGGCAAGAGUCACAGGUGUCCCAUUCAACUAUCUUCUCGCUCGUGGUCAACAAGUCAAGUUCGUUAGCCAAUUGUUCCGAAAAGCGCUUGAGCAGAAGUUGGUCAUUCCAAAUCUAAGAACAGACCCUUCCGACGAACAGUAUGAAGGUGCUACGGUCAUUGAACCUACGAGAGGAUACUACAAUGUGCCCAUUGCUACACUUGAUUUCGCUUCUCUAUACCCUAGUAUCAUCCAAGCUCAUAACCUAUGCUACACAACCCUUCUUAAGAAACAAACAAUCAACGCUUUAAAUUUGGUGAAGGAUGAAGAUUACAUCGUCACGCCAAAUGGAGACAUGUUCUGUACUGUUAAGCAACGCAAAGGUCUUUUGUCGCAAAUUCUUGAUGAAUUGCUCACUGCCAGAAAGCAGGCUAAGCGGGAACUUGCAAAGGAGACUGAUCCAUUCAAAAAAGCCGUGCUGAAUGGGCGACAACUCGCAUUGAAGAUCAGCGCCAACAGUGUCUACGGUCUAACUGGUGCGACCGUGGGAAAGCUUCCCUGCUUACCCAUCGCCAGUAGUACCACAAGUUAUGGCCGACAGAUGAUUGAGAAGACCAAAGAGGAAGUCCAAGCGAAGUACACGAUUGCAAAUGGCUAUUCCCAUGAUGCACAGGUCAUCUAUGGUGAUACUGAUUCUGUCAUGGUAAAGUUUGGCGUCAAAGAUCUGGCAGAAGCUAUGAAAUUGGGUGAAGAAGCGGCGGCAUAUGUAUCCUCGAAAUUCAUCAAACCUAUCAAGCUGGAAUUCGAAAAGGUCUAUUUCCCGUACCUUCUGAUUAACAAGAAGCGAUACGCUGGACUGUAUUGGACAAACCCUGAUAAGUACGACAAAAUGGACACUAAAGGUAUUGAAACAGUUCGAAGAGACAAUUGUCGGUUGGUGCAGAACGUCAUUGAGACUGUUCUGAGGAUGAUAUUGAUGGAUCGAGAUGUGCAAGGUGCUCAAGACUAUGUCAAAGACACCAUCUCGGACCUUCUUCAGAACAAGAUCGAUAUGUCCAAAUUGGUCAUCACCAAGGCUCUCGCCAAGGCAGAUUACACCGCGAAGCAAGCCCAUGUUGAGCUUGCUGAAAGGAUGAGGAAGCGUGAUGCCGGCUCGGCGCCAACUCUUGGCGAUCGAGUAGCAUAUGUGAUCGUUAAAGGUUCUGCAGGCGCCAAGAACUUCGAACGUUCGGAAGAUCCAAUUUUCGUCCUUGAAAACAAUAUACCGAUAGACACGAAAUAUUACCUCGACAAUCAACUCUCGAAACCCUUGGGCAGAAUCUUCGAGCCCAUCCUCGGGGAGACAAAAGCCAACUCGCUGUUAGCUGGUGACCAUACGCGUUCCAUCUCUGUCGCCGCGCCCAGUAUCGGUGGCCUGAUGAAGUUCACGAAGAAGACCUUCACAUGCAUGGGCUGCAAAAAGCCUCUCGUAGGCAAAGAUGAGACUGGUGGAGCCGUAUGCUCGAACUGUGCUCCUCGAAUUGGUGAGCUGUAUACCAAAACCUUGAAUAAAGUCUCGGAUCUGGAAGUCAGAUUCAGCAGGCUGUGGACGCAGUGUCAGAGGUGUCAGGGAAGUAUGCAUUGUGAAGUUAUCUGCAGCAGUAAGGACUGUCCGAUUUUCUAUAUGCGGAUGAAGGCAAAGAAAGAUGUGGAAGAUGCGGGGAAAGAGUUAGUAAGGUUUGAUAGAGAUGCCGCUGCUUGGUAA